GCGGCAGAACAUAUAAUAAUUAAAAUAAAAUUAAAUAUUUAAUGAAUUAUUAAGAAAACGAAUGUAAAAGAAUUUACUCAGGAAAGUGAUCGGCGCUAAACUUAAAAAAGAAUUAUAAAAAAAAUUAAAAAAUUGUUCUAAAAUACACUGUUAUAAUGUUGUAUUUUAAACAUUGUACAAUACUUUUAUGUGUUAUGAUAUCAAAUAUUUCUUUAGCUUUAGUGGAAAAUCCGGUUAAACAAAAGUUAAACAUCUUGAUUUUAUACGAGUCUCUAUGUCCGGACAGUAAACAAUUUAUGCAAAACCAAUUGGGUCCGAACUAUGAAAGCUUAAAAGACUUCAUCGAUAUAAAGUUGGUGCCGUUUGGUAAAUCAAAUUCCUUUGAUAAUGGCCUGCAAUUCUUUUGCCAACACGGUCCAACAGAAUGCAUGGGUAAUCGACAACAAUCGUGUGUCUUACACCAAAGCCACGACCCAUUGGCACAAGUGAAAUUUGCUGUAUGUCAAAUGAACAAGCUUGACACAAGCAGCAUCAAAGAGUGUUCUGAAUUGGCCGGUUUGUCUAGCGACAUCAAUCAAUGCAUGAAUUCUGAAACAGGGACUUUGUUACAAUUAGAAGCUGAACGUAUAACUCAUUCUUACGCGCCGAGUUUUAUUCCCACUGUCAUUUAUAAUGGGGUUUUCGAGCAACAACUUCAGGAUAACUCUUUACGUGAUUUCCGCGGCACUGUAUGCUAUUUGUUACAGAAACGCGGCGACAUCUCUUUUCUUGACGAAGUCUGCUAAUAAUUAAAGCAACAAUAAAAAGAGCAACGACAUCGACGGAUUAUAUAUUUGCAUGUUUUAUUUAAAAAGAAAAAAAAAAACAAACCAGUUUGUCCCUGUGUACGUACAUAUAAAAUCUUUAAAUCUCUCUUCUACCCCUUAUCCAGUACAAUUUAAAGUAUGUCAACGUUUUAUAAAAUAUUUAUUUACUUCUUUUCGCUAACUUAAG